ACCUCCGUAACACUUCAUCUGCCCGGGACUCAACCUGUGUCUUUGUCUGCCUGGGUAGAAAAGCGUCAGGAUCCUGCAGGCAACAUGGCCACUGAGAAGAGACUGUCUGCAAGGCGUAAACACACCCUGAAGAGCUGCAUGCUGGUGGUGGCAAACAAUUUGCUGGAGGCUGAAGCUCAGACAAAGACUGCAGAGCGGGAGAAGUUCCUCGCAGAAAAAUGUCCUCCUAUGGAGAUUCCAUACUCCAGAGAGGAACUCUUGGAAUUUUGCAAGAAACUUCAUCAGCAAAUUAACAUCAGUGAAGAGGAGAGAUACUGCACAGAGUUUAAAUUAAACUUGGUGAUGAAUGAGGUCAGGGACCUAAAUAUCAAGAUUGUGGAUCUUAGAGGAAAGUUCAAGAGACCCCGGCUGAAGAAGGUUCGUAUGUCUGCUGACGCCAUGCUGAAGGCUCUGCUGGGCUCCAAACACACGGUCAACAUGGACCUGAGGGCCAACCUGAAGCAGGUCAAGAAGGAGGUCAAAGAGGAGGACAAGCAGCUGCGUGAUGUGGGAGACUGGCGUAAAAACAUUGAGGACAAGUCUGACAGGAAGAAAAUGUUUGACAGUUAAAUUAGUUAUUUUUUUCUUGCUUAUAAGUAACUUUUAGGGCUUAAUUGGUCUCUUUGUACCUGAAACGUUUCACUAAAAAUAUGUAAAUUCACUUAUACUUUAACUGAAGCAAAGAGAUAAAACAAAAUGCAACAAACUAAUACACGUGGAUCAUCUGAAAUCCUACAGGUUUUUGAUUUUUUUUUUUAGCUUUCGCUGUGAUAACAUUAGUGAUAAUUGGUCAGAACCAAUGAAAAUGAAGCAGAAAUAUUUGUAAUGGAGCAGAAGUUUGCCUUUUCAGACAAGUUGUUGAAAGUAUGAUAUGUUUUUGGUAGACUAUCCGCUGUUAAAUAUAGUUAUUGUUUAGAAAAAGCUCUUCAUUUACAACUGGAUUAGUUUAGCCAUGAGACUGGAUGUGGUUGUGAAGUGAGUUUGAGGCAACUGCAUGAAUUUAACAUGCUUUUCAUUUCAAAUGGAUGGACUAUUUUAGAUUCUUCUAAUUUGAAAAUAAAUUAAAAUGGAUUGUAAGUCAGCUUCAUUUAUUUACCUAAUUAUUUUUGUCAUUAAGCUGAAAACCGUGACUGUUUCUUAUAAGGUUGUAUACAGUAAGUUCAAAAUUAAUUUUACUGCAGUUAUUGUUACUUGAGUUACUUUUCAGUUAAAAAAAUAGCAACAAACAUCUAAGAAACCUGAGCAACCUUACAGCAGAGUCAUCAAGUCUAAAUAACUCCUGAAAUUAUGAAGUCUUUUUAAACAGAGCAGUAGCUUAAAUAAAAUUUAUAUUUGAUUGUAUUUCACAAAAUGAUUGGAGGAGUUAUUUGAUGUUUAGUAAAUGAGCGUUCAUUACCGCAAUACGCCUGACUAACACUUGUGUUUCCUCUUUAAUUGACCAGCCAGUUGUUUAAAAUAAAUGUCUACGUUUUCAUUCAUUUUCAUGUUUAAUAAACCCCAUGUAAUUUUGUUUUGUAACUUCUUUGCUGUCAAAUAAACAGAAGCUUUAGGUUGGA